GGAUGUUGCUGUCAUCUGUUCAGGUAUUUCUCCAAGUCCAACAAAACCUCCUGCGCCAGUGGAGUUUAUUAUAGACUUGAACUUGCUCUUCCCAAUAUCCAGUCUGCCCCCAAAUUUCAUUGAUCUAUUCAGAGGCUAUGUGAGAAAUGUGUCCUUCCCCCAAACCAUCACUGAGUCUUUAAUACUAGAAGACUUGAACUUCACUACAUGGUGCUAUCCAAACUCCACUGGAGGACCGCAGUGUCAAUGUGAGGACCAGUUUGCCUGGUCAUGUGACAAAUGUGGCCUAUACGGUGCUUGCAGUAAUGUCACUUCCCAAAACUGUGAAUGCAUCACAGGGCUUCCUCCUGGUGGAGAGUUCUGUGAACCAAUCACAAGUAUCUCUCCAUGUCCAACCGCAACUCCUGCACCAAUGGACUUUGAUAUUUUCCUUGAAUUACACAUCCCAGCAUCCAGUGUGGCCCCAGAUUUCAGUGAUGUACUCAGACACAUUGUGAGAAAUGUCUCCCUAACCCAAACCAUCACUAAGUCUUUAACACUGAAAAACCUGACCUUCACCACAUGGUGCUAUCCAAACUCCACUGGAGGACUGCAGUGUCAGUGUGAGGACCAGUUUGCUUGGUCAUGUGACAAGUGUGGAGUAUACGGUGCCUGUAGUGAUGUCAUCUCCCAAACAUGUGGGUGCAUAAAAGGACUUCCUUCUACUGGAGAGUUUUGUGAACCAAUCACAGACGUUUCUUCAUGUCCAACAGCAACUCCUGAAAUAACACCAUCACCUACACCAACAUACACACCAAUGGACUUUGAUAUAGUCCUUGAAUUAAACAUCCCAGCAUCCAGUGUGGCCCCAGAUUUCAGUGAUGUACUCAGACACAUUGUGAGAAAUGUCUCCCUAACCCAAAUCAUCACCGAGUCUUUAAUACUGAAAAACCUGACCUUCACCACAUGGUGCUAUCCAAACUCCACUGGAGGACUGCAGUGUCAGUGUGAGGACCAGUUUGCUUGGUCAUGCGACAAGUGUGGAGUAUACGGUGCCUGUAGUGAUGUCAUCUCCCAAACAUGUGGGUGCAUAAAAGGACUUCCUUCUACUGGAGAGUUUUGUGAACCAAUCACAGAUAUUGCUCCAUGUCCACCAUCAACUCCUGUCAUAACACCAUCAACAACAUCACCUACACCAACAUACACACCAAUGGACUUUGAUAUUUUCCUUGAAUUACACAUCCCAGCAUCCAGUGUGGCCCCAGAUUUCAGUGAUGUACUCAGACACAUUGUGAGAAAUGUCUCCCUAACCCAAACCAUCACUGAGUCUUUAACACUGAAAAACCUGACCUUCACCACAUGGUGCUAUCCAAACUCCACUGGAGGACUGCAGUGUCAGUGUGAGGACCAGUUUGCUUGGUCAUGUGACAAGUGUGGCGUAUACGGUGCCUGUGGUGAUGUUAUCUCCCCAACAUGUGGGUGCAUAAAAGGACUUCCUUCUACUGGAGAGUUUUGUGAACCAAUCACAGAUAUUGCUCCAUGUCCACCAUCAACUCCUGUCAUAACACCAUCAACACCAGAAACUACAGCAACAAACGCGCCAGUGGAGUUUAAUAUAGACUUGAACUUGCUCUUCCCAAUUUCCAGUCUUCCCCCAAAUUUCAUUGAUCUAUUCAGAGGCUAUGUGAGAAAUGUGUCCUUCCCCCAAACCAUCACUGGGUCUUUAAUACUAGAAGACUUGAACUUCACCACAUGGUGCUAUCCAAACUCCACUGGAGGACCGCAGUGUCAAUGUGAGGACCAGUUUGCCUGGUCAUGUGAGAACUGUGGCCUAUAUGGUGCAUGCAGUAAUGUCACCUCCCACACCUGUGAAUGCAUCAAAGGCCUUCCUCCUGGUGGAGAGUUCUGUGAACCAAUUGCAAAUAUUUCUCCAUGUCCAACAACAACUCCUGUUAUAACACCAUCAACACCAGAAACUACAGCAACAAACGUCACAACACCAGUAACAACAAUACCUACUACAAUAUAUGCGCCAGUGGAGUUUAAUAUAGACUUGAACUUGCUCUUCCCAAUACCCGGUCUUCCCCCAAAUUUUAUUGAUCUAUUCAGAGGCUAUGUGAGAAAUGUGUCCUUCCCCCAAAAUAUCACUGGGUCUUUAAUACUAGAAGACUUGAACUUCACCACAUGGUGCUAUCCAAACUCCACUGGAGGACCGCAGUGUCAAUGUGAGGACCAGUUUGCCUGGUCAUGUGAGAACUGUGGCCUAUACGGUGCAUGCAGUAAUGUCACCUCCCACACCUGUGAAUGCAUCAAAGGGCUUCCUCCUGGUGGAGAGUUCUGUGAACCAAUCGCAAAUAUUUCUCCAUGUCCAACAACAACUCCUGUUAUAACACCAUCAACACCAGAAACUACAGCAACAAACGUCACAACACCAGUAACAACAUUACCUACUACAACAUAUGUCACAACACCAUCAACAACAUCACCUACAUCAACAAAUGCACCAGUGGUCUUCUAUAUAACAGUUGAAUUGCACAUCUCAGCAGCCAGUGUGCCCCCAAAUAUCACUGUUGUACUCAGAGACAUUAUGAAAAAUGUCGUCUCCCCUCAAAUCGAGUCUUUAACAGUAAAAGACUUGAACUUCACCACAUGGUGCUCUCCAGUUUCUACGGGACGGCAGUGUCAGUGUGAGGACCAGUUUGCUUGGUCAUGUGAGAACUGUGGCCUAUACGGUGCGUGCAGUAAUGUCACCUCACCAACCUGUGAGUGCAUCAACGAGCUUCCUCCUGGUGGAGAAAUUUGUCAACCAAUCUCAACUUUCAAUCCAUGUAUAACAUCAACUACAACAACAUUACCAUCAGUGACAACUACAACAAUGCCAAUGCCAAUAACAACAACAACACCAACAAUGCCCUUUACACCACUACCACCACCACCGACAACCACAACAUCGACAACUACACCAAUGACACAGACAUUUGAAAUAACUUUGGAUGUUGAAUUCAAGGAAGAAUACAAUCAAGUAACCAAUGACUUUCACAUAACUGUUAGCAACACCAUCAGAGCUGAAGGACUGAAGCAAGGAAUAGAAGCAAAAUUAAUCAAGUUCCGGAGUGGAAGUACCAUUGCCCAAUAUCAAGUCACUGCUAACUCUUCUGUUACACCAGACUUUCAAGCACUAAAUUUAAAAAUAGCUGGCAAGCUGGCAGAAUCAUACCCUGUGGUAUUUGAGGCAUCGGGUGCCCUGACGUUUUUGCCAAAUGAUGGAUUUUAUGAGCAAACAGUGACUGUCACAUGUGGCCCUCCACCAGUGAAUCUCAAUUUUGGCACUGUCUCAGCAGCAGAGUGGAGACGUAAUACAGUGCUCAUAGCUGAAGAUGGAGAACACAGAAUUUCAGUUAAGGAUGGAAUAUCAACCUUAACUGUGUCAAGGUUUAUUAGCUCUGAUGAUGGAGUUUAUGAAUGUAGGCUGAUGCGCACAAACGACAAAGCAUUUUUUCGCCAGAAAUCUGAAAAAUCAUUUAGUCUGAAAACAAAACCCACAAUCACAGUCUCACCAAUCAGACAGUAUGUGCAAUGUCUCGGAGAAAGUGUGGCUUUGAAUUGCAGUGUGAGUGGUGGGUAUGAGGUUGAGUUUCGGGGCUUUUCUGGUGCAGGUAAUUCGAUUACCUAUAAUUAUAUUGCACCUCAAGGUUGUGAACAGGAGGAAAAGACAUUCACCUGCCAGUCAAUAACCCAACCCGUAUUUACAAAAGCAAUAACACUACAGUUAUCCUCACAGGGCGCUUACUGUAUAAAUGACACAUUUGGCCAAGGAGAUAUAGGUUACAAAUCUGCAGUGCCCUGUUAUCCAAAACUUGUGGGACCAAAUAAGGUGGGAGAAAUAACUGCAGUGUGUAAGGAAAAUAAGAAAUUUGACGAUGUUGAAUACAACUGCAUCCUGUUGCCAGUUCAGGAGCUGCUUGACCAGUCCCAGUUCUUGACUGCCACUACAUUGCCAGUAUUUUUGGAACAGCUCAAGAACGUCACUGUCAAUUAUACUGAUGAAGUGAUUACAUCUCCUCCCAACAUUAAAGCUAUUGUGAGAAUACUCAUCAAUGUCGCCAACAAAUCUUUAUCCCUCGAUAUCUCAAUUAGCAGAGAUUCAAUGGAGAAUGUCUUGAUAACAGCAGGGGUUCUCACCAUCAAUGGAACAAAGCAAACAUGGAACUUUCUGAAUAACAAUGACACCAGAAGCAUCUUAAACAACACUGAUCCUGAAAGUGUUAGCUCAUCAUUUUUGGACUCCCUUGAAACAAUAACAUCUCGUCUUGUCAAUGCAACUUUUGACAUUACGACAGACUUUAUUCAGUUAAACAGAACUACAUUCACAGACACUUUCAAUGCUGAAUUUAAUUCUUCAGUCACAAUAGAAAUACCUGAGUCUAAUGGAGAUAACAAAACAAUCACUAUGAUAGUAUUUAACUCGUUAGAUAACGUACUACCUGCAAGAGAUGAGGCCAAUUCAUCGCUCAACUCCAUAAACGGCAGGGUUGUACUUGUUCAGUCCAGUGCCAAAAUCAAAAAUAUCUCUUUCACAUUUGAUAUUUUAAAUGAUACACUGCGAAACCCUGAAUGUGUCUUCUGGAACUUCAGCCUCUUUGAUGGCCUGGGAGGAUGGGACGGCAAGGGCUGCGAGUUAGUGUUAAACAUAAAUGAAACAGGAACUGUCACCUGCAACUGCAACCACCUGACCUCAUUCUCCAUCCUCAUGUCCCCGAACAGUCCGAAGAAACUCUAUUUGGACAUUAUAACCUACAUUGGAGUUGGCAUUUCUAUGGGUUCCUUGGUCAUAUGUCUCAUCAUUGAAGGCCUCAUUUGGAGAAAAAUAAGAAAGAAUGAAACCUCUUACUUGCGUCAUGUUGCCAUUGUUAACAUUGCUGUUUCCCUCCUGAUUGCAAACAUUUGGUUUAUAAUUGGAGCGGCCAUUUCAGAUGCAGAAGUUAAAAACCCUCCAGCAUGCACUGCAGCUACCUUUUUUAUCCAUUUUUUCUACCUAGCCCUGUUCUUCUGGAUGCUGGCCUCAGCUAUGCUGCUGCUUUACCGUACAACUAAUGUUUUUGGUGGGGGUUUGUCUAAAGCAUCUAUGCUGGCCAUCGGAUUUUUUCUAGGCUACGGAGCUCCUCUCAUCAUUGCAACAGUAACUAUAGCUGCAACUGCACCUGACAACGGAUACAUCCGAGAAAAUACUAUAUGCUGGCUCAACUGGGAUAAGUCCAAAGCUCUGCUGGCAUUUGUGAUCCCUGCACUUUCAAUAGUGGUGAUAAACCUCAUUAUCCUGGUUGUGGUUUUGUACAAAAUCAUAAGGAGAAGGGUUGGAACAACUGCUGCACAAGCAGAAGAAAAGCAUGUUUUAGUGGUUAUUGCCAAGAGUUUGGCUGUGCUCACACCAUUUUUUGGCAUAACUUGGGGUUUGGGAGCUGGGAUUCUGGCUGAUCCAACAAAUGAAGGAAUCCAUAUUGCAUUCGCUUUCUUCAAUUCGCUACAGGGCUUCUUUAUUUUGGUGUUUGGAACACUGCUGGACGGUAAGGUGCGGUCAGCAAUAGCAUCAUGGUCACAACCCUCCAGAAGUAGGACAGGGAGCACAAGUGCUGGAAACUCAACAUCAAGUGGAUUUCGAUUUUUAAGGAAUUGGAGACGUGGAAGAGAUGGCUACAACAUGACAUCCAGUGCAUCCAGUGAUUUGCAUUCGGCUAGCAACACAUAAUGUAUGCAGAAAACAGUGGGUAUUCAGAUAAUCAACAACAAGUCACACACACACACUUUUUUUCUCCAUAUUUUUAAUAAGUUAAUCUUUAUAUAUAAUAAAUAAAUGAAUAAAACAUAUGCUAUUACAGCAAUUACAAUAUGUUUUUGAAUGGCAUAAUAAAUGUUGAAAUUGUAAUUAUAACUUUUAAAAAAUGUUAUUCAUCUUUGAUUUUGAUUUGAAUGUAUGAUUAUCAACACAGCACAGAGUACAUGUUUGUAGUUACUAAUACAUUUUUAUUAAUUUAUUUUUAAACUGUUUUAGAAGAAAAGAGUUUACUUGGUUUACUUGUUCUAAAGAGUGAGAAAACAUGUAAACAUGAGUUAAACAUUGCACUUGCAACAUACACCAAUCAGUGCAUCAGAAAAACUAAUUAAAUUAAAUUAAAUUAAAUUAAUGUUAUUUGCUUCACUUGACUGUCAUCAUGUUAUGCCUGAUUGGCUACUGAAAAAUUAACUAAAUAUGCUUUUAUUUUUCUUUUGUGCAUUUAUUGUGGUAUAUUUUUGUAUAGCUUUGAUAUGCGUUAAUUUUGAUCCUGUUUAAUAACGUAUACAGCUACAAUUUCCUUUCCAUUACUAAUUAUGUCCUGAAUUUGUUACACUCAGAAUUAUGAUUAAAAUCUUUUGA